AUGGGAAAGUGUUCAGUUCCUUUUUGUAAAGGAAAAGCUCCUUUUACUUUUCCAAAAAACGAAAAACGUCGGAAUCUUUGGGAAAAAGCCAUAAGUGUCAAUUUUCAAUCAUCAAAAUCAUCAAGGUUAUGUUCGAUCCAUUUCGAAAAAGAUUUAAUUAUUGAAAAAAAAGAGAGUUUUUAUACAGGAGUCACAACAUCCAAGAAGUACUUAAAACCUAAUGCUGUACCAACACUUAUGUUGGAGCUUGAAGCAGAAAAAUCAAGGCGUUCAGAAAAAAUUCGGAAAGCUCUUUUCGAAGAAGAUUCUAACAAUUCAUCAUCAUCAUUGCCUUUGUCGCUUUUAGAUGAUCCAAUAAAUAUCUCUGAAAAUAUUGCCAACAGUUUGAUUGAAUCACCGAUAAAGAAUUGUAUAUCAUCAGUACCAUCAUCAUCAAAUGAAAAUAAUGAAAUUACUGAGCUACAAAAAAAAAUAGAGCUUCGAAGUUCACCAAUAAAUAAAGAAACAUUGAUAGAUCAUCAAAUUGAAGAGCUAUUUGCAUCAACUAAUAUUCAAGAUUGCUCAACAAUCUCAAGCAUGUCAUACAUAUCCACUGAUUACUAUAAUAUCGAUGUACAAAUGGAAGAAGAGGUCUAUUUAUUGCCAAUGUCAGAAAGUAGUAAUUCAGAUUACAUGGAAUCAAAUCAUGUGAAAUCGUUGGAAGUAAAAAAACAAAAAUCUUCUGCCGUGAGAAAAAAAUGUUUUAGUUCAGUUGGAAUCCAAGUUGGCCGUGGACCUUUAUCUGUUCAAUCAAUUUCUCACCGAGAUGAUGUAAUACAUUACUAUACUGGAUUAGGAAAUUAUGCCAAAUUUCAAUUUGUGUAUGGUACAUUAAGUGAUUAUAAAAUAUAA